AUGGACAAAAGUCCGUAUUCGACGGGCGAAAAUGAGUUUCCGCCACGAAGUGAAGAGAUUCCAGUUGCCUUUGACCUGAAUCCAACGGACACAUCAUGGAUUUUAUUGUGCGCUUUCAUUAUUUUUACGAUGCAGAUCGGUUUCGGUUUGCUAGAAGCUGGUUUGAUAUCGACAAAGAAUCAAGUGAAUAUUAUGAUGAAAAAUGUCGCUGAUGUGGUGUUAGGUGGUAUUACUUACUGGAUUUUCGGAUUUGGCAUGUCGUAUGGAACAGCUCCCGGUACAAAUCCCUUCAUAGCCUUCGGUUACUACUUCUUCGAUCCGGACAUCAAAGACCCGAAAAUGGGUGGCAUGUACACGUCAUUUCUCUUUCAACUGUCCUUUGCCACAACAGCCACCACUAUCGUUUCUGGCGCCAUGGCCGAAAGAUGCAAUUUCAAAGCGUACUGCCUUUUCUCGCUGAUCAACACGAUUGUCUAUUGCGUGCCAGCCGGAUGGGUGUGGGGCGCUCAUGGAUUUCUCUACAAGCUGGGCGUCAUAGAUAUUGCUGGCAGUGGACCGGUGCACUUGAUUGGAGGAGCUUCGUCACUUGCUGCUGCAAUUAUGCUGGGACCCCGUAUUGGGCGAUACAAAAACGGAACGAAACCGCUGCAACCGGGAAGUCCUUUGAUGGUUUGUCAUGGAUUUCUCAUUUUAUGGCUCGGAUGGUUGGCAUUCAAUUCGGGAUCGACGUAUGGCGUUACGGGAGAAAGUUGGAAAUAUUGCAGUCGCGCUGCAGUUAUGACAAUGUUGGCAUCGUUUGGUGGUGGGAUCGCAAGUAUGACGUAUUCAAUGACGAUUAAUAAGGGAAAACUGGAUAUGUUGGAGCUGAUUAAUGGAAUAUUGGGAGGAUUAGUUGGCGUGACAGCUGGUUGUUUUAUAUUCAAUGCAUGGGCUUCUAUUGUUGUUGGUGUCAUUGGAGCUCUUCUUGCUAAUUUCGCUGGACCAAUUUUUGAUAAACUUCGCAUUGAUGAUCCCGUUGGAGCAUCGACAGUACAUGGCGUGUGUGGCAUUUGGGGCGUCAUUGCCAUCGGAUUAUUUGCGGAAAAUGUUUCACUUGGCACAACAAGCGAUCGCACCGGACUUUUCCUUGGAGGCGGCUGGUAUUUGCUCGGUGUUCAAUCACUUGCGGCAUUGUGUCUCACUGUAUGGGGUGCCGUCACAACGUUUGCCGUGUUAUUUGUAAUCGACAAAAUUACGCCAUUACGGAUGGACGAGCACGAGGAAUUGUUGGGUGCAGAUUAUUCCGAGCACGAUUUAAAAAUUGAACCAUGUCACGGAUGUUCCGUGACUAACAAAGCCGAUGCAAACGGAAGUCAAGGCAAGAGUUUGCGACAAAGAAACGUUUCAAAUAAUAUUUUCGAUGAGAUCGGGGCGAGACGAGAAAAAGAAUUUAGGAGGGAAGGACUCGAAAAUAGAGCUUUUGAAGGGAAAUUUACGUCACAUGGCACAGAAAGGCAGAACGAUGAAGCCGUUUAAAAAAUUUCAAUGCAAUCAUUUCAAGUGCGCACAUUCAUUUAAUAAACUCCAUUAUUUUCCUAUUAAUCUUAAAUUGUCAAAUUGUAUGUUUAAAG